UCUCAUGGAAUAAAGAACAGCCGAGAAAUAAAAGAUUAAAAUAUUUAAUUGUAGAAACUGGAAAAACACUGAAUUCUCAUAAUGCCUUGAUGGAUCGUCUUAAAAAGAAAAUACCAGAGCUGCAAGAGGUGCAUUCAGAGGCGGAGUGUGAUAUCAUUCUGGUGUUCUGCCCUGUCAUUACUGCACAUGCAUAUGAUAUAAACGCAGCACUGGAGAAACUUAACCAAAUUUCAGACACCAAACCUGCUGUUCUGGUGGUGCUGCAUCACACGUUUAAUCCAGAGUAUGUUGUACCAGACAGCAGCAGAUCUGUAAACAGAGAUAAUACAAUCACAGUCGACUGUCUGUUUCAUGAAGAUCAUGGAAUACUGCAAUGCAAGAAAAAUGAAGUUUCAUUAAAAAGAAUUGUAACCUACAUUAAAACUCAGACUCACAAGCAAAAACCCAGAGAGGAGAGCAUGGAAAUCGAGCGAUCUCAAGAACCGUGUAAAAAGAAGACACUGAAAUAUUUCAUUUUACAAACUGGACACACGCUAAAUACUCCCGAGAUCUUCACGGCUCAGCUUCAGUCUAAAAUCUCAUCUCUGAAGGAGGCGUAUACAGUAGAUGGGUGUGAUUUCAUUCUGACUUUCUGUCCUGUUGUGUCACGAGCUGGAACUGACAUUGAAGCAGGAAUGAAAAAGCUUAAUGAUCUUUCAGGUGACAAACCUGCUGUUCUGGUGGUGCUCCAUCACACGUUUAAUCCAGAGUGUGUUGUACCAGAUAGCAGCAGAUCUGUAAACAGAGGGAAUACAAUCACAGUCGACUGUCUGUUCCAUGAAAAUAUGGGACUAUUGAACUGUUCAAAGAAUCAGGAGUCAUUUAUCAGAAUUAUAAACUACAUAAAAUCUCAGUGUGAGCCAAUAUUGUCUGUAAAGAACAGAAUGGAAACUGAUAAAAUCCCUGUGCAAUCUCCAAAAAAAACACGCAAGUAUUUCAGUUAUCAGGGAAAUACAUCAGAUUCUCACGAAGCUGUCAUGAAUAUUCUUAAACACAUGUCAGAGGUGAAGGAGGUGCAGACAGAGGAGGAGUGUGAUUUCUAUGUGACUUUCCGCCAUGUCCGAAAGCAUGACAGAGAACAGCGCAAACAUGUGGAGGAACAAGUAGCAAGUGCUUUAUCACAGGAUAAUGAUUAACAUACGAAAGGUGGCAGAACGCAGCCAAAACAGUGAAGACCAUGGAAUGGGAAUUUCAGGACAAGGACGAAUAAUCUGAGAAGAUGAGGACUGAGUUCAAGAAACUAAAAACUGAAUUGGCAGAAGAAAAAAAAAAUCAACUAGAAAAAAGAAAACCCACCACAUGAUGGAUGACGUAGUAUCUUGAAUUGGGUCAUGGUGAAGCAGGAAACAAUAGCGGAGAAUUUAGGGCCACAUGGCUCUAAAUUCAUUAAUUGUUGUAUUUUUAAAAAAUAAUAGUAAUAAAAUUAGAAGUCUGUGAUUCGAAUUCAGUAGCUUUCAGUCCAUUAAACAAA